CCUGCCUAAUUCCAACUAUCUGGCAAAAUCAUGACUUUGAUCCAAGAUGCCGAGUUGAAACCAAGGAUGGGUUCUUUUAAGAAGAGGAGCUCCUCUAAGAAUUUGAGGUAUUCAAUGACAAAGAGAAGAAGAAGUAGCAAAGUGAUGUCUGUGGAGAUCAUCGAAGAUGUGCAUGACGCCGAAGAGUUGAAAUCCGUUGAUGCCUUUCGCCAAUCGCUUAUUCUCGAUGAGCUACUCCCGGAGAAACACGAUGACUACCAUAUGAUGCUUAGAUUUUUGAAGGCAAGAAAAUUUGAUCUUGAGAAAACCAAACAGAUGUGGACUGAAAUGCUUAGAUGGAGGAAAGAAUUUGGUGCUGACACUGUCAUGGAGGAGUUUGAUUUCAAGGAAAUUGAUGAAGUGUUGAAAUACUACCCUCAAGGACACCAUGGAGUUGACAAGGAAGGACGACCUGUGUACAUUGAGAGGCUUGGUUUAGUAGACUCUACCAAGUUGAUGCAAGUCACAACCAUGGAUAGGUAUGUUAACUACCAUGUUAUGGAGUUUGAGAGGACCUUCAAUGUUAAGUUCCCAGCGUGCUCUAUCGCCGCAAAGAAGCACAUUGAUCAAAGCACAACUAUUCUUGAUGUCCAAGGAGUGGGACUCAAAAACUUCAACAAGGCUGCUAGAGACUUGAUUACUCGUCUUCAAAAGGUCGAUGGUGACAACUAUCCUGAGACCUUGAACAGGAUGUUUAUCAUCAAUGCUGGCUCAGGAUUCAGAAUGUUGUGGAACACGGUUCUUGGCAACAAGUACCAAAGCAAGUUGCUUGAGAUCAUUGAUGAUAGUGAACUUCCUGAGUUUCUAGGAGGUUCAUGUACCUGUGCUGACAAUGGUGGCUGCAUGCGCUCUGACAAAGGCCCAUGGAAAAAUCCAGAGAUCAUGAAGAGAGUUUACAAUGGUGAUCACAAAUGCUCGAAAGGAUCCCAAGCUGACAACUCUGCAGAGAAGACCAUCCCUGAGGAAAAUGACUCUACAACAGAGCCGGCUUCUGAAGAGGAAAAGGCUUCAACAGAGGUCGAAAUUGUCCCAGCUGCUCACCCAGCUUGGAACAUGCCAGAAGCUCACAAAUUUUCCCUCUCAAAGAAAGAAGUUUACGCCAUUCAAGAGGCGUGCAACAACGCUACAACAGAAGGAGGGAGGUCUCCCAUUUUCACUGGGGUCAUGGCUCUUGUGAUGGGUGUUGUCACCAUGAUUAGAGUGACUAAAAACGUCCCAAGGAAACUAACCGAGUCAACCUUAUACUCGAGCCCCGUGUACUGCGAUGAUGCGUCAAUGAACAAGAGUGCGAUGCAGUCAGAGAAAAUGACUGUACCAGCAAUCUCAGGGGAAGAUUUCAUGGCCAUCAUGAAACGAAUGGCUGAGUUGGAACAGAAAGUGACCGUCUUAAGCGCGCAGCCAACAGUUAUGCCUCCGGAUAAGGAAGAGAUGCUUAACGCUGCCAUUAGCCGGUCUAAUGUAUUGGAGCAAGAGCUUGCUGCCACCAAGAAGGCUUUGGAUGAUUCUCUUGGUCGUCAGGAGGAGCUCGUGGCGUACAUCGAGAAAAAGAAGAAGAAGAAGAAGCUGUUCAACUACUGGUGAGAGAGGAACCAUAAAGGGAAAUCCUCUUGAAGAAUCAGAGGAUUAAUGGUGGAUUGAUAAUGCUUUAUUUGUUUGAUUGUAUCCCAAAAUGUCUCAGACCAAUGCGCUCAAAUCAUCAAAGCCAAGCUUAUUGUAAAACCAAUUUCUUGUAUUCUUAUUAUUAAAGAAUAUUGAAACGAAAGAAAGUUUUGUUCUUUCUCUGUGUAUAUUAAGCUUUUUUAUAAAAUUACAUGUACAUC